AUGUAUGCGGAGCAAGAGAGCACACGAAACGCGGAGAGACAGUCCUCUGCAAGAGUUUUGGAAGCAAAGAACAGGGAGGGCUGCACUCUAUUGCCCCGUUUACGCAGCAAUGCACUCAUACCCCGUCCGGUGGCCCCCCGCUUCGUGCGGCGUUGUUGUUCCUGCUGUCCGCUUGGUUUCCUUUGCGCCUCGGCUGCCCCGCUGAUUUGGGAUGGAGCGGGGCGCGGCGGCGGGGCGAAAAAGGCCAAAGACUGCGCCCUCUCCCUUCCGCACACUCUCUCCGCCCCCUUUUCAAUGGGGGCGUGGUCUGCGAUAGAAGGGAUUGAAUGGGAUGGCUGUUGUUCCGUCCGUUUCCACCCCUUCUCCCUGCCCCGUCUUUUCCUUCUUUUCAUCCACAUUCGAAAAGUCGGGGAGGGUAGGGCGAAAGAAUGGGGGAAAGGAAAGGAAGAGGGGGGAAUCGAAGCGAAGGGCUGUGUUCUCUGA